ACUCCUGACCUCAGGUGAUGCACCCACUUCAGCCUCCCAAAGUGCUGGGAUUACAGACAUGAGCCACCAUGCCUCAUGGCUGAGUUUUAAGCUACCAACUUAAUGCCACUGAAUGUGGAGCUGGGGAGAGAUACACACAGUGGGCUCUUACGAGCCCGUAGGCACUAGCUUCAGCGCAUCCUCAUUACUGUUCACUAGAACUUGAUAUGGUCUCUGAUAAGAGGAGUAAAUUGAAGAGGAGGAUGUGACUGGCUUCACAAUGGGUAGAAGGUAGUCCACUUCUUCCUCUGUAGUCCAGUACUUCCUCUGUAGGCUAGACUCUCUCCUCAUGAGAGCAUGGAGCAAAGAAACAGAACCCAACACAAGGCCUCCUGAGGUGGAAGAAACACUUAAAACGAGUUAAAGGAACAAUAUCAGGAGAAUUAGUUAAUCCAACAGCAACAUUAGAGUUUCAGAAAGCUACCUGGCAUCUUCAACAAGAAGUAUGACCCGUAGAAAAGGAGCAUUAAGAAACAAGGAGGGAGCAUGCUGUGAUGAAAAGACAUUAGAGCCAACUGAAAAGUUGGUGCAUAAAGUAAAAGAUUGCAGGGAUACAAAAUGUGCAGUUGCAGAAUUUAAAGAAUCCACAGUGAAGUCAAUAAAGGCAAAGGGGGCAUGGAAAAUAGAAUCAAAUCAACUUGGUAUUAUGGAGAACAGAUUGGGGUAUGCUUUCCCACAAGGCAAAAGAAGGAAAGAAAAGCAGUGAGAGAGAAAACGAUAGAAAUGGAGAACAGAGAUGAGAGCUCUAAACUCAGAAUUAUAGGAAAAACUUUGAAAGAAGUAAGAACCAUUUAAUGGAAGAAAUUACCAAAGGAAUAAUUGAAGGGAACAUUCCUGAACUAGAAAGAACCUGUAUCUACAGAUCCAAAAGACUCAUUAUGUUCCAGGAAAAUUAAAGGGAGAGAGCUCCACACUACACUCAUUUUGUCAUUAAUAAAAUUCUAACGUAAUGAAAAAGAAAGUUUUCAAUUAUAAACGCAUAAAGCAAGUUGCCUAUAGAGGAAACCAAACCAGGCCAGCCUCCGUUUUCUCUUCAUUAUUUUAAAUGCUGAAAGGCAUUCUACGAAGUUUUGAGGCAAAAAGUUUUCUAGCCUGAGAAUUAUCUAGUCAACCCAGUGUCUUUUACGUGUGAAGAUGAAAGAAAUGCCUUGUGGUAUGGGAAUUUGCAGAGUCCAGAGCCGAGGGAGGACUGAGGAUGAAGAGCUUGGGGAAGUUUGCAAAACUUCAGGAAUGAAGCAGAGCACUCUUCCUGUAUUUGGGAUUGUUUGCCUUUAAGACCUGAGAGGUGCAUGUGUUGUUCAUGUUUAUUUUGUAAUAAGGAGCAUGGAGUUCUACUACCAGGAAAUACGGUAAAACAUUUUUAAAAAGUAAAAACCAUAAACUAGUGAAGUAGGCCAGGUAACCAUCAUUUUUUUUUUUUUCUACUUUGUUGAUGAGACACUGAGGCUGAAAGAGGCUUAUGAGGGCUCCUAAGUGGCUGCACUAGGCCAGGAAUUCACUUCUUUUGACUCCUUGAAUAUACUAAGGGCUCUAUCUCUACCACCUUGUCCUUUUGGAAAGCAAUAGUGGCCUGUAUGUACAUGGCACCUGGGCAAAGCAGAAAAGCGAGGUGAAUGAAUGAUGCUGGGAAGCCCAGCUUGAGUUGCUUUGUUCAUUUGUUAAUUCAGCCAUCCAGCAUUUCUUGAAUGUUCAUUAUGUGUUGGGCAUGGUGCUAGGUGUUAGGAUUAUGUGGAUGAAUACAACACAAGUCCUGCCUGUUCCCAAGAGACUCACGGUACUGCCGUAAGGGAGAAAUACCCUCAUGUACUCGAUAAUAAUGCCUAUGAUCUAGCAACUUGACAGGGGUAAUCAUAUAGACCAGGCACAGUCUAAGACAUUGGUUCUGACUCUAGGCCUUCAGAACCACCGAGACAGCUUGGUAAAAGCCAGCGUGUUGGGCCGCAGCUCUGGAGCCCUGAUUCAGUAAGUGGAGCUCAAGAACUUGCAUUUCCACCAAGCUUCAGAAUAAGUAAGAGUUCCCCAGUUGGAGAAUGUAUUUUAGACUAGGAAAAAAUAUUCCAUCUGGCAGUUUUGGAGGGGAGGGAGGAAGUACUCUGGAACUUAUUUGGGUAUAAGACACAUCUAGCCAAGCAGGAUUCCCCUGGCCAUUCGGAGAAAUAAUUCUGUAGGUUCAUGCUGUUCAUUUUGGAGUGUACCCAUAGGUCUAUGGCUCUGCAGGGCAAAAUUACAAAGUAUUGAGUGUGAAAGAGACUUUAGUCCCAACCCAUUCAUUGCUAAGGCAAGUGUGGGUCAUAAGAGAUCCAAAAGUGUGGGUAAAAGACUCAGAGUGGCUUGUCUAGCAUCUGACUGCCUGUGAACAGCAGAGCUAGGAAUAAAGACUGAGUUUUGGACUCCUAUCUCAGUAUUCUUUCCAAAUACAUCUCUUUCCUUUCUUUGCCCUUUUGUUUGCUUGGGGCUGACAAGGCUGUUAUCUCUUAAGCAAUUUUAUCUUUCCUAUCCUCCUCCACUCCCACCCCCCACUGCCGCCCUGCCCAAGUCCUGCAGGCAGUCAUAGAAGGGUUAACUUUUGUUGGACUGAAGGCCUGAGCCAAGUACAGAGUGUCCAUUGUGUGCCCGCCCCCUCAGGAGGAGUCACUGACUGCUGGAAUGUGACAAGGCAAAACAUUUUUACCUUGCCUUGGCUUCCCCAACUCCGUGAGUGCGUGAGCCUGUGCGUGUACUCACACGCGUGUUUUGGCAGGGGUGAAUCACAAGAGGACUCGCAGUUGACACCCAGACUCCCCAAAAAACUGAACUGUGAAUUUGGGGAGGCAGGUACGUGCUGGGAAGAAAGCUAAAAGAGAACAACAGCUUUGUGUGCUGAUGAAGUAAACAGACAGUUGCAGAUCUGAUCUCUUCUGAACACCUCAUCGUGUCUCCAUCCCUGGGAAUCUGACCCUAGCAACUGGACCAUUUUGUUCUUGGAAUUUUGGGUGUCCUCUCUUCUCACCUUUCCCUUUUCCCUUUUCCCCUUCCCCCUCCUGAGAACUUCUGAAGACUGUAGAGAUUGUCAUGGAGUCCAGGGAAACCUUAAGCAACUCCCGGCAAAGAGGGGGCGAGUCAGACUUCCUGCCGGUCUCCUCAGCCAAGCCCCCAGCUGCUCCUGGCUGUGCAGGAGAACCUUUGCUCUCCACUCCAGGACCUGGGAAGGGGAUCCCGGUGGGCGGAGAACGCAUGGAGCCAGAGGAGGAGGAUGAACUAGGCUCAGGGCGGGAUGUGGAUUCCAACUCCAAUGCGGACAGUGAGAAAUGGGUGGCAGGAGAUGGUUUGGAAGAGCAGGAAUUUUCUAUCAAGGAGGCAAACUUCACAGAGGGAAGUCUGAAGCUAAAGAUUCAGACCACAAAGCGGGCUAAGAAACCCCCAAAGAAUUUGGAGAACUAUAUAUGUCCACCUGAGAUCAAGAUCACCAUCAAGCAGUCUGGGGACCAGAAGGUGUCCCGUGCUGGAAAAAACAGCAAAGCCACGAAGGAGGAAGAAAGAAGCCACUCCAAAAAGAAGCUCCUCACAGCCAGUGACCUUGCAGCCAGUGACCUCAAAGGAUUUCAGCCACAGGCUUACGAGAGGCCCCAGAAACAUUCAACUCUCCAUUAUGACACAGGCCUCCCACAGGACUUCACCGGUGACACCUUAAAACCAAAGCACCAGCAAAAAAGCAGCAGCCAGAACCACAUGGACUGGUCCACCAACUCUGACAGCGGACCUGUCACUCAGAAUUGCUUCAUCAGUCCAGAGUCUGGCAGAGAAACUGCAAGCACCAGCAAGAUCCCAGCUCUUGAGCCCGUGGCUUCCUUUGCAAAGGCCCAGGGUAAGAAAGGCAGUGCAGGGAACACGUGGAGUCAGUUGUCUAACAAUAACAAAGAUCUGCUUUUGGGAGGUGUGGCACCAUCCCCAAGCAGCCACAGCUCACCAGCCCCACCCAGCAGCUCUGCUGAGUGCAGCGGGCUUCAGCCCUUGGUGGAUCAAGAUGGAGGAGGUACAAAGGAGCCCCCAGAACCACCUACUGUGGGCAGCAAGAAAAAGUCCAGUAAGAAGGAUGUGAUAAGUCAGACCAUACCAAACCCAGACCUGGAUUGGGUCAAGAAUGCCCAGAAAGCAUUUGACAAUACAGAAGGGAAAAGGGAAAGUUAUUCCACAGAUAGUGUCCAGGAGGCAUCACCAGCCAGGCAGAACGUGAGUUCUGCCAGUAAUCCUGAAAAUGACUCAAGUCAUGUCCGGAUUACUAUCCCCAUCAAGGCACCCUCUCUGGAUCCAACCAACCAUAAGAGGAAAAAGAGACAGUCCAUUAAAGCGGUGGUGGAAAAGAUCAUGCCAGAGAAAGCCCUGGCUUCUGGAAUCACUAUGAGCAGUGAAGUAGUUAACAGGAUACUUUCCAACUCUGAGGGGAGUAAGAAGGAUCCCCGUGUCCCUAAGUUGGGUAAAAUGAUAGAGAAUGAGUCCCCCUCAGUUGGCCUUGAAACUGGUGGAAAUGCUGAGAAAGUUAUCCCAGGAGGUGUGUCUAAGCCGCGGAAGCCACCCAUGGUCAUGACACCUCCAACGUGCACAGAUCACUCUCCAUCCAGAAAGCUGCCGGAAAUCCAACAUCCAAAAUUUGCUGCAAAACGAAGGUGGACUUGCAGCAAACCAAAACCCAGCACCAUGCUUCGAGAGGCAGUUAUGGCCACCUCUGAUAAACUGAUGCUGGAGCCCCCAUCUGCGUAUCCCAUCACCCCAUCCAGCCCUCUCUACACCAACACAGACAGUCUUACUGUGAUCACUCCAGUCAAAAAGAAGCGGGGACGACCAAAGAAGCAGCCUUUGCUCACAGUCGAGACGAUUCAUGAGGGAACUUCCACCAGCCCCGUCAGUCCCAUCAGCCGAGAGUUUCCUGGCACUAAGAAAAGAAAGCGACGACGCAAUUUAGCGAAGUUGGCCCAGCUAGUGCCGGGAGAGGACAAACCCAUGAGCGAGAUGAAAUUUCACAAGAAAGUUGGAAAGCUCGGCGUGUUGGAUAAGAAGACCAUCAAAACUAUCAAUAAGAUGAAGACACUCAAGAGGAAAAACAUCUUGAACCAGAUCUUGUCCUGUUCCAGCAGCGUUGCUCUGAAGGCAAAAGCUCCCCCAGAGACCAGCCCUGGGGCAGCAGCCAUUGAAAGCAAACUGGGCAAGCAGAUUAAUGUCAGCAAGAGGGGAACCAUCUACAUUGGCAAGAAGCGGGGCAGGAAGCCAAGAGCAGAGCUGCCACCCCCAUCCGAAGAACCCAAAACAGCCAUCAAGCACCCCAGGCCUGUUUCUAGCCAGCCGGAUGUUCCAGCCGUGCCUUCCAACUUUCAGUCACUUGUGGCGUCUUCACCAGCAGCUAUGCACCCACUUUCAACACAGUUAGGUGGGUCCAAUGGCAACCUGAGCCCUGCCAGCACUGAAACCAAUUUUUCAGAGUUGAAAACUAUGCCAAAUCUCCAGCCCAUCAGUGCUCUUCCAACCAAAACCCAAAAGGGAAUACACAGUGGAACCUGGAAGCUGUCUCCACCCAGACUGAUGGCCAACUCCCCUUCACACCUGUGUGAGAUUGGCUCCCUAAAGGAAAUCACGCUGUCCCCUGUGAGUGAGUCCCACAGUGAGGAGACGAUCCCCAGCGACAGCGGCAUUGGGACAGACAACAACAGCACUUCUGACCAAGCGGAGAAGAGCUCAGAAUCCCGAAGGAGGUACUCUUUUGAUUUCUGCUCCCUGGACAACCCGGAGGCCAUUCCGUCCGACACCAGCACAAAGAACCGGCAUGGCCACCGGCAAAAGCAUCUCAUUGUGGACAACUUUCUGGCCCACGAAAGCCUCAAGAAGCCAAAGCACAAGAGGAAACGGAAAAGCCUGCAAAACCGUGAUGACCUCCAGUUUCUGGCAGACCUGGAGGAGCUCAUCACCAAGUUCCAAGUGUUCAGAAUCUCCCACCGGAGUUACACCUUCUACCACGAGAAUCCAUAUCCCAGCAUUUUUCGGAUUAAUUUUGAUCACUAUUACCCGGUGCCAUAUAUCCAGUAUGACCCGUUGCUCUAUCUUCGUAGGACUUCAGACUUGAAGUCAAAGAAGAAGCGUGGUAGGCCUGCAAAAACCAAUGACACCAUGACAAAGGUGCCUUUUUUACAAGGGUUCAGCUACCCUAUUCCCAGUGGAAGUUACUAUGCACCCUAUGGAAUGCCUUACACAUCAAUGCCUAUGAUGAACCUUGGUUAUUACGGUCAGUACCCAGCUCCUUUGUACCUAUCGCACACGCUUGGAGCAGCUUCCCCAUUCAUGAGGCCAACAGUGCCACCACCUCAGUUCCACACAAACUCCCACGUAAAGAUGUCCGGUGCAGCUAAGCAUAAAGCCAAGCAUGGAGUACACCUGCAGGGACCUGUUAGCAUGGGCCUUGGUGACAUGCAGCCUUCUCUGAAUCCUCCCAAGGUAGGCAGUGCCAGUCUGUCCAGCGGUCGGCUCCAUAAGAGGAAACACAAACACAAGCAUAAGCACAAGGAAGACCGGAUCCUAGGGACCCAUGACAACCUGAGUGGUCUCUUUGCAGGCAAAGCCACAGGCUUCUCCAGCCACAUCCUGAGCGAGCGGCUGAGUAGCGCAGACAAAGAGCUCCCGCUGGUGAGUGAGAAGAACAAGCAUAAGGAGAAACAGAAGCACCAGCACAGCGAAGCCGGCCACAAAGCUUCUAAGAACAACUUCGAGGUGGACACCUUGUCUACACUGUCACUUUCCGAUGCCCAGCAUUGGACACAGGCCAAGGAAAAAGGAGACUUGAGCAGUGAGCCUGUGGACUCAUGCACAAAAAGAUACUCUGGCAGUGGCGGGGAUGGUGGCAGCACGAGAUCGGAGAACCUGGACGUGUUCAGUGAAAUGAACCCUUCGAAUGACAAGUGGGACAGUGACGUGAGUGGGAGUAAAAGGAGGAGCUAUGAAGGCUUUGGAACGUACAGGGAAAAGGACAUCCAAGCCUUCAAGAUGAACCGCAAGGAGAGAAGUUCUUAUGACUCCUCCAUGUCUCCAGGAAUGCCAAGUCCCCACUUAAAAGUGGACCAGACAGCAGUGCAUAGUAAGAACGAAGGCUCAGUGCCCACCAUGAUGACCAGGAAGAAGCCAGCCGCAGUUGACAGUGUUGCAAUUCCACCAGCCCCAGUGUUAUCUCUCCUUGCUGCAUCCGCAGCAACAUCGGACGCAGUCGGCUCCUCCCUGAAGAAGAGGUUCAAGCGGCGGGAGAUCGAAGCCAUCCAGUGCGAAGUGCGGAAGAUGUGCAACUACACCAAGAUCCUAUCCACCAAGAAGAACUUGGACCACGUGAACAAGAUCCUGAAGGCCAAGCGGCUGCAGAGACAAUCAAAAACAGGCAACAACUUCGUGAAGAAGAGGCGCGGGCGUCCCAGGAAGCAACCCACCCAGUUCGAUGAGGACUCCAGAGACCAAAUGCCGGUGCUGGAAAAAUGCAUCGACCUGCCCAGCAAAAGGGGCCAGAAGCCCAGCCUGAGCCCGCUGGUGCUGGAGCCCGCCGCCAGCCAAGACACCAUCAUGGCCACCAUCGAAGCGGUCAUCCACAUGGCCCGGGAGGCGCCGCCCCUGCCCCCGCCACCGCCACCGCCCCUACCGCCACCGCCGCCACCGCCCCUACCCCCACCACCCCCUCUACCCAAGACCCCCCGAGGCGGAAAGAGGAAACACAAACCGCAGGCCCCCGCUCAGCCCCCGCAGCAGCCGCCCCCGCAGCAGCCCCUUCCCCAGGAAGAGGAGGUGAAAGCCAAAAGGCAGAGGAAGUCCCGAGGGAGUGAGAGCGAGGUCCUUCCCUAGGGCGGGUCUGGGCGUCUGCACCUGGGGCCUAGGGAACUGACACGUGGGAAGCGCAGUGGGCGGGGGCGGAAUCCCCGGCUGCAGGGACACCCACGCCCUUCUCUCCAGAAGCCGGGCAGGCAGAAUCCGGCCAGACGACGGGCUGAGCCAUCAGGAGCUCUAGGGAAAGCAAAGCAGGGAGAUACCUUCAGAAGAAGCUUGUCAGCUUCACCGCAGCUCCCACCACGCGGCGCUUCAGUACGGCUGGAUCGUCCGCAGGCGAGCGGAAGGCCCCCAGGAGGAGCAGGCUGGUGGCGCUCUCCUGACCUCCCGCUGCCAAGGUGCGCCCUCGACUCCGAUUUCAUUUGCUGGCCAGGAAAAUCGAAAGGGAAACACCCUCAAUUAGGAAACAUUCCAAGGGGAGAAAAGCUGCAAAUUGCUCAACUGGCAUUGCUGUAACCCGUUCCAUUUAAUUGGUUUUUAUUUCUUUUGAUUUUCAAGCUCUGCUAAGCUUUGGGGUACCAACGUCAUCUUCAGGUGACCUGAAUCUUUCCCUUAACCGUACAGUUUCUCAGAUGGAAUUGUGUGAUCAGAAGGUGGAGUUCUAGUGAUAGGCGACCUUAGACCCGCAUUCAUGUUCUCUGUGCCUCUUCUGUCGCACAUACACUGAUUUUUAGCGUUGUCUAUUCCUACUUUUCCUUUGCCCGUUGUACUUCCAUAUAUCUUUUCAUUAACGUACUUGCUGCUUUUUUUUUUUAAUCUUGGUACACAUUUAAAUAAUACAAUCCGUAACCUGUGCUGUAAAGUUCAACCUUGGCAUGCUGUUCCAAGAACCUGGCUUUGAAUCCCAAUCAUUGUGAAACAUACUCAGUAUUGAUAAAACCUUUUUAAUAAGUGACGCAGAGCAGCCAAGGAUAUGUUGACCCAGAUGUCAACCAGGCUAUUUUUAUACUUAAAACAUGUCAGCAGAGCAGAGGCAGAAUAAAAUGGUUUUAAUACCCCACAGCAAAUAGAAUAACUGACAAGCCACCAAAAACUGAAACCCCAGACCCACCAGAAAGACAAGUGUCUAGCAAUGCCUUGGUACCUGAUCUUUUUCAUACGAAUAAUUGUCAUAGGUUGUUCAAAAAAAAAAAGGAAACAAAAAGACAAUAGAAGAAGUCCAUUAUCCCUGGAUAAUUAUUUCUUAAAAGCAAAUGGGAGUAAGUGUUCUUAUCUGGAAAAAUAAAUAAAUAAAAUGCUCAAAGGGUAUCACCACUUCAAUUAUAUCAAGCCACCUUGGACAAAGUAUCCAAAUUGUGGUUGCCUUAAUAAACUAAAACAUUAUUGUACAUAAUGUAAUUAUAAAUCUAUCAGUCUGCAUGGAUGCAAACUGUGUGUGACAAAUCGUCUUUUAAAUGGUCAAUUUCAGCUGUACAUUUCUCAUCCAAGUUGUACUCUAACCAUUGGUUUAGCGUGGACAGAUAUUCCAUCUCUAUUAUCCAUUUCCACAGCCCGAAUAAAAUAUGUUAAGCAGGCUCAGAAUGAAUACAAAGAAUUCCAUUUCCGUAGAUGUUUUCUAAAAGUCAGAUUGUGGAAAUUUCAAAUAAGUAUUUUCAAUUUCCUCCCUCACUCCCCCUUACCUUCCCCAAGACAUCAAACACCUGGCAUGGUAGAUUAUAGAAAGGGACACUGAGAGAGAGAAUUAAAUUUUCUAAUGGGAAUUAGAAUAUCUGGUUUACCUCCAAAUUAAGUUUCUUUACGGGAAGUUGGGACCAGCUGGAAAUUGUAUUAUCAUUUCAGAACACAAUAUUAUUUCCUUAGAGAGAGAGAGAGGGAUUUUUGUUGGCAACAUAAGAGAAUAAGUGAUGGGGUAUCUAUGUGAGUAAAUUUUUAAAUUCCAAGUUAAUGUGCUUGCAAACAUUACUGCUCCGUUAUGGCACCAAGAGUUGGUUGAAAUUACCCACAUAGUCAUACUGUUGUGCUCUGUCACCAUGGACUUCACAUCAUUUGCUGCCCGCUAGGUCAGUCGUAUUUAAUACUGGCAAUAUGUAAGUUUAAAGGACGGCAUUCCCCUCUACUUUAAAGCUUAUAUUCUAGAUAUUCAGUUUGUGACCUUGGUUGACCUUUGGCAUUUCACACAAGUUAAACAGCAAAAUCAAAGCAGCCAUUUUUAAUUCGUCAUUCCCAAGCCCUGUCUGAGUGGUUCCAAAGUCACCCGAGAGGAAGGUUUAAAUUAGCCCCUCUCACCCCACCAUUGCUAAGAAACAGCAACCAUUUUCAUUCCAAUUCAGCCAUAAAGAGGUUUCUCUUCCUGGGUUUUGAAAUCAUUUCCUUCUUUCUUUCAUUUGCCCUUCCUCCUUCCUGUGUUGUACUGUCUCUCCAGCCACGUCUAUAAGCAGACUCAAUCUUCUUGCAGAGGAAGAUGAGCUGGCACUCUGCAAACUUCUUUAAUAAGGACCCGAAGUUUAAUUGACAUUAACCUCUAGUAGGUGAGAAAUUCCAAAAAAGCUUUGGGGUACAUUAGAAUUUCCAAAGCCCUGAAAGAUAUUUCAGGAGAUUUAAUAGCAGAGUUGCAACUUACACGUGAAUUCUGGUCUAUAGUGGUCAUGUGAGUUAAAUUCGAAUCCCCUACUUGUAUGACCCUAGGAAUAGACUGGAAUACUGCAGAGGACCAAAGCUGAGGCAUGCUAAACAGCCGCUUGGAGGCGGAAGCAAGUUCGGUCACCUACACAGCUUCCUCUCUCCACCACCCAGUUCCUCUCUCAGUAUCACAUUAUGUUAUUCUUCCGCUUUUCAUUUACCUAACUCAUCAGUACAACCAUUUCCUUAUUCUCUAACUACCCCCAAUUCCUUUAGCCUCUCCCCACCUGUCCAAACUCAGCUCAGCCGUGGGCCAAUGCAGCUUACAGACAGUUGGUUGCAGAGCUGGGAAGAAAACCCAACUCUCCUGACCCUGAUCGUGGAGGUCUCUGGGCCCCCCAACACUGUCUUCUGGGUGGGGCUGCCUUUUUUUUUUUUUUUUUUUUUUGAGAAGAGGUCAUUUGGGAUACAUGGUACUCCAUAUACAGCUUCACAAAAUAUUUCAUUAUAAGAGAAACCCCUUGAUUUUUAUUUCUCUUUUUUUGUUGUUUUUUUUUUUUGGUUUUGGUUUUAGUUUUUGUUUUCUGGAUGACCUGACUUCAGUAAGCAGAUGCGGACCCACUUGUAAGGAGUCUGGUUGGUGAUGAGAAAAGGAUGAAAUCUAGAUACAAAAGCCUCCUUGAAGGUGAUGAUGGAUCUUUAAUCCACUUGGCUAAGUGUCUGGAAGAGCUACUUACUCUUCCACCCCUCAUCUCAAAUGAGAGGAACAGAAGUUUAACUUCUUCAAAUAGCCCAGCUCUGGCGAAAACCCAAGGAAGAAAGGUCAAAGGAAAGGAAAGCAUGUCAGGGGCUGGUUUGUGACUUGGCAGGACCAGGAAUCAGCAGCCACUAACAACCCAGAGAAGGUGACUAAGGGCUGGCAGAAGAUUAGCAUGUUAAUUUGGCUGCUGUCCGGAGUAGGAGGCCAUGUUCAAUGGCAGUCAGAAUUUGUGUUCUGCACAUUGCUGGGUCUAUAAAUAUGAUAAGCAAGUGGUGACAGAAUUAUAGUAUAAGGUGAUGUACUACAUGCAGAUCAUAAAGGAUUUGGUUUUAAGACUUAAGUAGAAAAUCCCUCUUGUAGCUUAUUACCCAACAAUAUUCAGAUAAUGAGCUUUUGGAGAAUAUUUUUUUCCUAUCACUAGAAAGAUUUACCUGGGAACUGUCUAAAGUCUAUACACAUAUUUCCAAAGCCUUUAAAUACCAACUGCAGCAUGGAGAGAGAGGGGUGGCAGAAGCUGAAAUGCCUCAAAAGCCAUUUAAGUGUUACGUUGCAGGAUUUUCAGUCCUUCUCGUUAUGUAAAAGUAGAUAAAUAUAGACGUUAUUCUCAACUCUACCCUAUAGUAUCACAGUGGUCCAAAUGCCAGAGCUUACAGAUAAUGUCAUCACAGUGCCUAGAAACUCGAACUGUAAUAUACCGUAGCAUUUUCUUGGUGUUUCUUAAAGUUUCUUUCCACAAUACAAGGUCCUCUCUGCCUCUUGUUUCUUGGAGAGUUCACCCCACUGAUGAGUCUUCCUUCCCUGUUGGACUCAGUCAUUUGGGGAACAGUCUUAGAAGCACAUAUCAACCAAGGAAGAAACUUCCUGGAUAUCUAUUGCCCACUUGCCCAGGUCUAAUAAACACUAAAGGGGGGAAAUUGAAAGGAGCUGCCAACUGGUCAACGUGGAAGGGCAGUUCCACCCUAGAUUGGUGUCUUUCUUUUUCUUCCUUUUUUUAAAAAAAAAAAAAUCUAUUUCUUAAAUAAUAAUAAAUGCACAUGAUGUGUUAAAUAUGUACAUAUAUAUUUCAAAAGAAAAAAAUGGGGCACAAGAUUGUCUUACAAGUCGUGCUGGCUAAUUUUUAGUUUGUAUUCAUAAGUGGUUUUUAAAAGCCUUUUUUAAAGUGUAAUUUGCAUGUUCUACUUUGAUUGUAUGUAAACAUAUUUUAGAACAAAAAAUGUAUUUGUAUUUUAUUGAAUAUAGAGGCAAGAAAAUUGUACAUUGUUUGAAAUGUUCUUUUUGUAACAGUUUUUAUUCAUAAAGCAUUUUUGUACAUUUAAAAUGAACAUGGACUUGCUGUUAUUUGAGGCGUAGAUACAUCUAGCAUGCUUACUGUCAUGCUCCUCCAUGGUCUUAGAUGUUGGGUUUUAAACAUUUUUUUCUAAAAGAAAGCUCAGUCUUUUUCGCUACCAGAUCAGGUUAGCACAGUAUAGAGCACUUAACUAUUAAAAAAAAAAAAAAAGUUAAUCCUAUUCAUAUGUUAUUCAUUGUGUGAAAUUAAAGACAUUCAAUUCAGUCUAA